AUGGCUAUCGUCGUAAGCUCCUUGACCUCCGGAUCCUUGCCGCGAUACAGUCCGGAGGUUUCUCGGCAACGACGGAGCUCACUUGUGUCUGCAUCGCCUCUUCGCCGGCAAAUCCUCGCCGGCUUGGCCAUCAAGUCGCGGGGCAUCAACCGUGUCCAGCCGACGACGAGAGGAGCAACACAGAUCCCCGCAGCCGCAGCUGGCCCAAGCUCCGGAGACCGAGCAGGAGGAAAGUUCCCAGUUCCCAACGUGCCUUCAUGGGUCAAGCUGCUCGUCGGUCUCUUCUUUGCCGGAGUACCUCUUUACAGACAGAUGAGAGCCCUGCAAGAUAGGGUGGAGCAGACGGCAGAAGUAGCAAUUGAGGUGGUCGAAAAAGUGGCUGAGGCGGCUGAGAAAAUUGCUGAUGAUGUAUCUGAAGCAUUUCCCGGUAAUGAUAACCUCAAAAAGGCAGCAUCCAGGAUCAAGGCCGUUGCAGAUGAAAUUGAGAAGGACGCGGAGAAAGCCAAGGCCCUAAUUGAGAAGGUUGAUGAGAUAGAGAAAGAGAUGGAUUCCGUAGUGGAUUCUGUAAUUGAGAAGGUCAAGAAGGAGAGAUCAUUGAGAAAGAACUCAGUGAAAGGAGACGAUGUCGAUAGGAAACAGAAGUAA